AUCUCAGAUGGUUCAUCUCAGAUGGACCCUGGAAUGCUUUAGGUUACGUCCUUUUGCGCAAUAACACCUUCGUCUCCAAACCAUCCAUCCUUUCCCAAGCUUACUUACCUUACAUGCUCACCUAAGCUCAACAAUCCCACCCAACGCAAUAAGGAGAUAAUUGACAGUCCCCACCACCCAGAAGAAAAGAAAAAAAGAAAGACGAUCCCCAAGAAAAUAAAGGCGGACAUACAAUUCGGGAUGAGGCAUGCCACUCCGCCACGCCUUUGUCCCGAUCCGGCCGCGUCAAUGUCUACAUUCCCUAUACGCCGCCCCUCUACUCUUCGUGUCGCCGGCGGGGGCAGAAGGAGUAGCAACGGGAGGAAACUCGUCGAGGAGGAGGUGGUUCCACGGCACCGCGCGCCUCCGCGAUGAGCAGAUCGACAACUCGCAGAACCACUAUGAGACGCUGAAGCUGCAUCCGGGGGCCACUCCGGCCGAGAUUAAGAAAUCCUUCUACACGCUCUCCAAAACCCACCACCCGGACGUCAACCCCGCCAACCCCUCGGCCUCGCGGCGCUUCAUGCGCAUCAGCGAGGCCUACUCCGUCCUCUCCAUCCCCGCCAAGCGCGCCGCCUACGACCGGGACACCCUGCGACUCAGCCCCCACUCCGCCCACUCUCGUCACCACGGCCACUCCUCCUCCUCCUCCCCUUCCUACAGCAGCACCAACCCCGCCGGCGGCCGCCCCCCCUCCGGCCUAAGCCGCCGCCGCGGCACCUUCCAAGGACCGCCCCCGAGCUUCUUCCGCAGCGGCGGCUGGGGCUCCCACGGCGCCAAGCGCCGCGCCGCCCACGACGACAGCACCGGCACCACCUCUUCCGCCGGAGGCAUGGGACCCGGCCAAUCCCCCCACCGCCACGAAUCCACCACCCCAGACGAAGCAGCAGCAGAAACCCUCCGCCACUUCGACCGCGCCUCCCACGAGCGCACGGGCCGCCAGAGCGACCGCCGCCGCGCCGCGCGCCAGGAGUCCUCCGACGGCCGCCGCACCAACGUCGAGGUCGAGCGCGGCGUCGCCGGCAUGUUCUUCGUGAUUGGUGGGGUGAUCGCCCUGAGCGUGUUGGUGCCUUUUGGUGUGGGGGGCAUGGUGAGGGAUAGCGUUAGUGUUAGCAGUGGUGGUAACAGUGGAAAUGGUGUUGGGGGAAAUGGGGGAAACGGGGGAAAUGGGGAGAGAAAGGGGGGCAGGGCGAGAAAACCGCCACCGCCACCGCCACCGUCACCGUCACCGUCACCAACGGAUGGUGUGGCGGCAUUGUAAGCUUGGAUUCAGUUUUGCAUGUAUACCUGCAUAUGUAGGUAAUUAUGUACGAAGUAGAUAUGUUGGGUAUAUACCUACCUAUGAACGAAGGGGACAAAAAAAAAAAAAAAAAAAA